AUGACUGAAGCAUCUAAUUCUAACACUAGUCAAAUUCCCACUGGUUUUGCUCUACCACUUCCAACGCAAGUUGAACUAAUUGGCAAGCCAGAAAAACUCCAUCAACAUGUUCUUCGCUGUAGAGAUUGGCCUGCUUCUGAAAAAACCAAUUACCUUCAAAAAGUUACCAGUAAAGAACUUAUAUCCCGCAAGCGAUCCAAUGAUCAUCUUGACAAUGAGGAAGAUGAUUCUUCAACCGAACAAUCUGUUCGUGAUGAUGAUAUGCAGCAACCCUGCCAAAAUACGAUUUUAAGUUGGUGCACUCGGCCUUUACCACAAGCAGA